CCCAUGUUGAUUACUGAGGAGUGCGCGGGAAGCCUUUGGUUCUCUCUCAUUUCUCGUUCUUCUUCUGCCGUCAUACUCACACCACUCUUCUUCCAUUUUCAUUUUCUCUGCGAAUUCCUAUUCCCAUACACAAACCAAAUGGGUAUUAAGGGUUUAACAAAGCUUUUGGCGGACAAUGCCCCGAAGUCCAUGAAGGAGAACAAAUUCGAGAGCUACUUCGGUCGCAAGAUCGCCAUUGACGCUAGCAUGAGCAUUUACCAGUUCCUUAUUGUUGUGGGAAGAAGCGGAACUGAAAUGCUCACUAAUGAGGCUGGUGAAGUUACCAGUCAUUUGCAAGGGAUGUUUUCGCGGACAAUCAGACUUCUAGAAGCUGGGAUAAAACCAGUAUAUGUUUUUGAUGGGAAGCCACCAGAUUUGAAGAAACAAGAGCUGGCCAAACGUUACUCCAAGAGAGCUGAGGCUACUGAAGAUUUGUCAGAAGCCUUAGAGACUGCCAAUAAGGAAGACAUUGAAAAAUUCAGUAAACGUACAGUGAAGGUGACAAAGCAGCAUAAUGACGACUGCAAAAGACUUUUAAGGCUCAUGGGAGUGCCUGUUGUUGAGGCACCCUCAGAAGCAGAGGCUCAGUGUGCUGCCCUUUGCAAAGCUGGAAAGGUUUAUGCUGUGGCUUCUGAAGACAUGGAUUCCUUAACAUUUGGAUCUCCUAAAUUUCUUCGCCACCUAAUGGAUCCAAGCUCAAAAAAAAUUCCAGUGAUGGAAUUCGAAGUUGCAAAGAUUUUGGAGGAGCUAAAUAUGACCAUGGACCAAUUUAUUGACUUAUGCAUUCUUUCUGGCUGUGAUUAUUGUGACAGCAUUCGAGGGAUUGGGGGACUGACAGCUUUGAAACUCAUACGUCAACAUGGCUCUAUUGAAAAUAUACUGGAGAACCUAAACAAAGAGAGGUACCAGAUACCAGAUAAUUGGCCAUAUCAGGAGGCUCGGCGGCUUUUUAAAGAACCAAUGGUCAUAACUGAUGAAAAGGAACUUGAUAUUAAGUGGUCUUCUCCAGAUGAAGAAGGGUUAAUAACAUUUCUGGUUAAUGAGAAUGGUUUCAACAGUGAUAGAGUGACUAAGGCAAUAGAAAAAAUUAAAGCGGCAAAGAACAAGUCAUCACAAGGCCGAUUGGAAUCAUUUUUUAAGCCAACAGUAAAUCCAUCUGUACCUAUCAAACGCAAGGAAAUCAAAUCCAUGCUUAGAUCUUUCAAACCUGCAAUUGAGCUUAAGAUGUUCUCUGUGCAACCUUCUAACUGGUCAAGACCCAUGGUUUUUGGCAAGUUAAGCUUGCCAAUUUAUAAUCUGGGUUCCAAGCUCCAUACCUUUGUCUAGAGAUGUCUGCUUUGGUGCCUGAAGCUGAAUAUCCCUGGAAACACCAGUGAAUAAUGCUAAAGAAACUAACAAAAAGACCAAGGCUGGUGGUGGUAAGAAGAAGAAAUAGUUGGCUUUGUGUCUUGACAAGGUUAGAGUUCUUGAUGUCUUUCAUCCCGUUUAUGUGACUGUCACUUUUGCAUGCUGACAUCUGUGACUGUGCCUCUAUUUUCCCCUGAUUUGUUGCCAUUGGCAUGAAGGAGGAUGGUUUCGCAAUACUGAUGCAGUCUUCCAAAUUGUAAAAUAUUAAUAUGGGGUAGAUUUAAUGAACUUGACUAAUGUAAGCUAGAGUUCUCUCCUUCUCAUGGAAGGACAAAUUGAGAUACGGCUCUUCAUUUGAUAGAGUCAGAGAUACUCAAAAUCCUCCAUUCCUGAGUGUAAUUUAACUUGUGGUUUCGUUUCCUGCUGCAUCGCAUGACUAUUUCACUGGCUUUUGUCGAUUCUGUAUAUUUUCACGCACGCACACAAUUGUAGUUGCCAGUUACUGGAAAUUUAGGUUGGUAGAAGAUUCUAAACUAAACAAAUAUUUAUUGAUGUAGUUUACUUUAUGAAAUGGGUAUUUGGUUA